CGGUCACCAGGAAUCCCCGUCUAUCCUCUCAAGGUGGUCUUCAUGGGACCAGACCCCCCCUCGUGAGUGCACCGCACCGCACCGCACUCCAGUCAUGAGCUCCACCCCUUUCUUGCUGCCACUCACUCCGCCUCUUGCUACCUCUCAGUCGCGCCUGAGUUUCUCAUUUGUGCUUCUGCCUUCCCUUCAUUCGUGCUUUUGGGCAAGGCGACCUACGUGCAGGGGCAGAUGGACCCUACACAAUGCUCAACCACACACUCCUCUCGUCCAGCUCUACCCUCGUCCAACUCUACCCUCGUCCAACUCUACCCUCGUCCAACUCUACCCUCGUCCAACUCUACCCUCGUCCAGCUCUACCCUCGUCCAGCUCUACCCUCGUCCAGCUCUACCCUCGUCCAACUCUAUCCUCAUCCAGCUCUACCCUCGUCCAGCUCUACCCUCGUCCAGCUCUACCCUCGUCCAGCUCUACCCUCGUCCAACUCUAUCCUCAUCCAGCUCUACCCUCGUCCAGCUCUACCCUCGUCCAGCUCUACCCUCGUCCAGCUCUACCCUCGUCCAGCUCUACCCUCGUCCAGCUCUACCCUCAUCCUCUCCAUCCACCUUCUCUCUCCCCCCUCGCCUCGCCUCGCAGCUUCGCCCUGAAAGCGCUACUGGGGUUCUUCCAGGUCAAGGCGAGCCACAUGUAGGAGCGGAUGGCCCUUACAACGCAUCUCACGUUGUUUCCCUCCGUGGUCCUUCCCUCGCACUCUAGCGCACUCCCCUGCUUCCCUACCCCCUCCCCGUGGGCUCUGCAGCUUCGCCCUCAAGGCGCUUCUGGGGUUUUUCCAGGGCAAGGCGAGCUACAUGCAGGGCCAGAUGGACCGUCCAGAUGACUUUGAUCGUGUGGCUGCCAAGGACGCCCUUGCCAUCUACCUGCUGGCCAAUCGGAACACAGAGGACCCAGAGAGUGAGGACACGGCGCAGCUCAUUCGAGGGCUUGUAGCACACAGGUCGUGCCGGGGGCGAGUGCGAGUGGUGGUGGAGCUGCUGCGACCGCAGGUGGAGGGAAGGGGCGCCAUGUGGGACGAGGUCAGCUCGCUGGAGCUCUUCUGCACGGACCCCACGCGCUUCCACCUCAUGGCCAGAAGCUGCCAGGUGCCCGCCCUCAGCACACUCGUGACCAACCUCUUCUCCUCGGGCCCGCCCCUGCCCUCUCUGCCCGCGGCGCCGCACCUCAACGAGUACACCAAGGGGCAGCAGUUUGAGGUGUUCCCUAUGCUGCUGCCGCCUGCUUUCCACGGCAUGCUGUUCGAAGCGCUAGUGGAAGUCAUUUAUCGCGCGUAUCGAGUCAUCCUAUUCGCUGUCGAUGUCUACCUCGAAACACCGGAUGAUGCUCACCCCCCCUCCUCCUCCGCCGCCUCCUCGCGGGCCACCUCCUCCCCGUCCAUCGUGCACUACGGCCCUCGCCUGCACCCCUUGAAGAAACUCAUCAGUUCCUCCAAUGUCUUCCCCGCUUCCUUUGGCGUGGGCAAGGGAGAGAGGGAGGCGAGAGAGCAGGAGGGGGGGGUGGAGGAUGGGGGAGGAGGGGGCAGAGGAGGGGAGGGAGGGGCAGAUUGUGCCAGCUUGCGGAAAAUCUUUCUGUUUCCGCGGGGCCACGUGAUUGGUCCUCGCGACGUGGGGCACGUAAUAGCGCCAGACCUUGCUACAGUGGAGGGAAUCUGCCGGGCGGCGCACUCCUUGCCUGCAAUGAUGGCGGGCGGCAUCUGGCGCGGCACGAUCCAGCCGCACACUGAGAGGCGGGGAGGGCAGGACGUGGGAGAAGCGUUUGAGAAAGUCAUCGACAUACAGGAGGCGAGGGAGGAGAGGGAGGCGAGGGAGGAGAGGGAGGAGAGGGAGGAGAGUCGGCAGCUGAAGAGGGGCAGAGAGGGUAACAGUCAUGCCACCACCCCUUCUGUACCAUCCCCUGCUACCCCUGGCACAGCCAAACCCCCACUGCCACAUGACCCCUCUCCUAAGCCCACCAAGGGCCCUCUCACGCACUUACAGCUACUGAGGCUGAUUGGACAGGUUCAUGCCACGUGGGCCAGUGCUCCCAGUGCUGGUUGGUCAGCAGAGGCCAUGCUGACGUGGCGCCACAUCAGCAGAGAAUGGGUGGGUGAGGAGGCAGGUGGGGAAGGCAGCUCGGAGGAAUCAGCAGAGGAAGAAGAAGAGGAUGAAGGGGAUGAGGAAGAGGAAGAAGUGGGAGUCCAGGUGAGAGUAAGUGGAGGAGGAGGGAGUAGUGGGAGGGGAGAGAUGGCUGAGAUGGCUGGGGAGAGGGAUGGCGACAGCGGCAGCGGGAGCAUGGUGAUUGGUCGGCCAAAUGGCAUGGGGAGUGGGAGGGCGAGGAGAGUGGGCAGUCGGGGGAGCAGCAGGGGGGGCAGUGGGAGGCGUGGGCGCUCGUGGCUGUCAGAGGAGUCGCUGGCUCUGCGCCUGUACCACGCCAUGCGCGCCGCCACCUCCACGCACUCCUCUCUCCCCCUCUCCCUCGCAGCCCCGCCUUCUCACCGUGACUCCUCUGCCCCUUCAUCCCACCGUGACUCCUCUGCUUCCUCUCGCCGCGACUCUACCUCGUUUGCCCGCCACCUCUCGCACGCGUCCCCUGCGCUCUCCUCCACCAGGAGCACUGAGUCCGCUGAAACCCCAGCACAGCCUCAGGAUACCAUGCUGCCCGGUGGUGGCAGCAGCGGCGCGGGCCGAGGGGACAGCAGCAGCGCUGCUGCCGUAGGGCCCAGUAGUGGGGGGGCAGAGGAGAGCGCCCUUGGUGGAGAAGAGGCGGCGGAGGGUGAAUGGGGGAGGGGCGGUUCUGUUCCAGAGGAGGACGAUCCUCUCAUGGCGAAAAGCAGAGCCCUGGCCAGACAGCUCUCAAGAAAAGUCUCCUCCCGCACCCUCUCCCGCACCCUUACUCGUACCCUCUCCCGCCCUCUCUCCCGCUCCUCCUCGCGUGCCCUCCCCUGCCAACCCUCCCUUGCCUCCUCCUCUCUGUCUGUUCUCCCCUCCGCCCCCAAGCUGCCCCUCGCUGCUUCAGUCGAUGCUGUGCUUGACUGGCCGCCCGCUUGGCCCGCUCGCCGCUCCCCAUUCACCUCCCACCCUCACACUGACAUAGUGGACCCCACGACGUGUGCUCCCAUGGGGUAUUCUAGCCACAUGGGAGGGGCAAGUGGGAGCAUGGAAACAACAAAAAGCCUUUCCCCCAUGGGAGAAGCAGCAGCAGCAGCAGCCGCCAGUGUGCUUCGCACAGAGCCCCCUCCCCUGCCCCCUCGCCCGCACCCCUCCACGCUCCACCGCAACCGCAGCAAGAUCGCUGCCCACCUUCACAGCCGCACGCUGGCAGAAGCAGCAGCAGCGGGCUUCAAGCGGCCGCACGUGCUGGUGGCGCUGCAGGGCGAGUGCUGGCCGCACAGCCUACACUACUUUGUCAGCUUCCUCAGAAGAGACGUGGACGGGGAGGAUGCAGAAGGGUGUGUGCCGAUAGUGUUUCUGCGGCUGCAGGAGCCGAGUGUGGAGCAGUGGGGCAGUGUGGGAUACCACCGCCACGUGUACUUCGUCAAGGGCUCGCCCGUCUCUCAAAUGGACCUCAUCCGAGCCGGCGCCCUCUCUGCAGCCAAGAUAGUGAUCAUGGCAUCAGACACCAUCGCGACGCCCGGCCCGGUGGGAGUGGGCGGGGACGACAGCGACAGCAGCACGGCCACUGCGGCCACAGCGGGCGAUCCCUCGGUGUUUGCUGAGGACGUGGAGAACGUGCAGAUCGCUGCCGCCGUGGAGCGACUGCUCUCCUCCCACUCCACCUCCUCCUCCUCCCAAACAACCCUGCACCUCACCUCCACCUCCUCCUCCUCCUCCUCCUUUUCCACGUCCCACCAGCAGCACCCCACUCUCCCCAUGCACCGGACGCACAGCAGCCGUAUGUUGUGCGAGGUGCAGCACGAGCAGAGCUACCAGUUCCUGCCGCCGCUGCAGGUGCUGCACGGCAUGUUCCGGCACUGGCGCGUGUCACACCGCACCAUGCUCAUCAACCACACGCUGCUGCUGCGCUGCUCGCCUGCCUUCACUGAUGGGCGCGCCACCUGCCCUGCUGGCCUGCUCUUCCUCAGCCAUGGCGCCCUCUUGAACCGCAAUCUAAGCGUGGUGGCAGACCUGCUAAUUGCUGGAGGCUUUAUUUAUGCGCCCCAGGAGGCAGAACUGCUGCACAGGCAACACCAGCAGCACCGGCAACACCAAAUACAGCAGCCAGCCCUGGAAUGCACACUGCAGAUGCAGCAGCAGGAGGGAGAAAAAGACGCACAGAGCAACGCCCAACCCAACCCAGAGCGCCUGGCCACCACUACUUCUCUUCCCCAUCAGUCCUCCACUACUCCACCCAACGCUCUCCCCACUAGCACCAUCUUCCCUUCCAGCUCUCACCCCCUCCACCAGCACCGCUCUGCACCGCUCCGCAGGGAGCUGGUACUAGUGCCGGUACCAGCGGAGUUCCUUGGAGCCUCGUUCGAGCGCCUCUUCCUGGGCAUGCUGCAGCGGCAUGGGCAGCUGGCGGUGGGGCUGUACAGGGGUGCCGGGGAGGGAGGGCCGCCCGUGCCCUAUGUGGCGAUGAACCCCGCUGCUGAUGCCACUGUGGGGCGCUGCGACCUCGUGUAUGUUGUGCAAUGAUCAGGUGGAAUGGUUAGGGAGCAAUAGUUAGGGAGAGAGUGUAAUAAGGGAGAGGUGUUCAUGGAUGUGACACAUGGCACUCUGAAGAAGCUGCACCUCUUUUGUAAAGAUGCAUUUUUGUGCCCUAAAGCAGUUCCAAAGAG